ACAUUUCCUAAGCAUCACUGUUCGCCAUUGAAGUGUUCAGAGAACUGCAUACUGUAUCGCAGGGAUCGCCAUGUUGUCAUUCUGUCGUCUUUGAAGCUCUGGGAGAAAGGAACCGUCUCCAUCUUUGUUUUUUUUUACUAAAUUUCCGUUCUCAAUAUAUUUCCUUCGCCACAUCGACCUGAAAACGAUGCCGUGCCCUGUAACAAACUGGCAAUAUCGGCCGUUCGCUCGACGACGAGGAAUAUUCCACUUCCCACAUGAAAGCUGGUUAAACAGGAAAAAAGAACAUCUGAACUAAGGGUGUAUUCGCAAUCCUUUCCGUUGCUGUUGGGUUGGCUAAUGGCGGGCAGACGGAGCUCGAGCUGCUCCUCUAUGGCACGGCAGCGUUUAAAAGGGGCAAUGGCUAGCCUGUAGCGAGCUAGCUCACAAAAAUCAUUGCAUUUGUCAUUAGUGAGUGCAUCAGCAGGCCAUGGGAAGCUAGUGCUUUACGCUUGCUCGUUUCAAAGCAAUCAGUGCAGUAAAUGAUCGCUCGUGAUUCAACGGAGCGCACGUUUCUACACGGAGACGUACAAGAACUUGUCCUUGACAAUUGUCGAUCACUUGAAGGAAAAGUUGGAGGUCUCACUCCUGAGUUUGUCAACCUGGAGUUUCUCAGUUUGAUAAAUGUUGGCUUAAUCUCAGUUUCCAACCUGCCUAAACUAGGAAAACUCAAAAAGCUGGAGUUAAGUGACAACAGAAUCAGUGGUGGCCUUGAUGUUUUAGCAGAGAAACUACCCAACCUCACACAUCUAAACCUGAGUGGCAACAAACUCAAAGACAUCAGCACAUUGGAACCAUUGAAAAAGCUGGAUAACCUGAAGAGUUUGGACCUGUUCAACUGUGAAGUGACAAACCUGAACGACUACAGAGAGAGUGUGUUUAAGCUCCUACCCCAGCUCACCUACCUUGAUGGUUAUGACAUGGAGGACAGGGAAGCGUCUGACUCUGACGGAGAGGUGGACGGAGAUGGAGUAGACGAUGAUGAAGAUGAAGAAGGAGAGGAGGAAGAAGAUGAGGAUGGAGAGGAGGAGGACUUUGAUGAGGAAGAGGACGAGGAGGAAGAUGAAGAGGAGGUAGAGGGAGAAGAAGAUGACGAGGAGGUCAGCGGAGAAGAUGAGGAGGAAGACUUUGGUCAGGAUGGGGAAGUAGAUGAAGAAGAUGAAGAGGAGGAUGAAGAUGAAGACGAAGCAGAAGCUGGCAAAGGAGAGAAGAGAAAGCGAGACCCAGAGGAUGAAGAUGAGGACGACGACGAUGAAGACGACGAUUAAGAGCAAAACUGAAAACAUAAGCCUACCGAGUUUCCCUUCCUCCCCCACAAACCCAGAUGUCCGCCCUCUACAACUCUCACCACCUUUGUAAUC